GCAUCGGUCCUUCUUGAGUCAGUCAGUCAGUUAAUCGCCGUGGUUCGAUCCUGCCGGAGUGGUUCUUCUCUCUCUCUUAUUGGAGGAGAAGCUAAACAAAAUGAAGGAAUUCUAGUUGAAGCGUGGAGGAAACGGUGACAACGACGACGGGGUGUACAUUGUUUUAGUUUGCAUAGCCCAUCAUCUGGCAUAGUAGGCAGUUUCGCGAGGACAGGAGAGCGUCCGUGUUUUACCAAUCGAUUCGUUUUGCGGCCUACUUCGACCAGUUGAUGGUAGGUUUCGUACGUUUCGGUCGAACCCCGCGCGCGGUAACCGCGAGUCAGUGUACGUUGUUGAUUGGUCACUUUCGUCGGUCGGUUCCGGAGGGUCCUUGACUUGUUCGUGCUACGGGUUUUUUUUUCUUUCUGACGCAGUGAACAAGAUAACAAGAGGCAAAAGUGCGCUCCUGAUUUGCCAUUUUGAGAAGCGGAUCGGUUCGAGGGGGGGCAUCGGAUGUUAUUACAAAAAAUAAAAUAAAGAAAAUAAAAUAAAACGGCACUCGCACAUGUGAUGUAGAGAAAAUUGAAAAUGCAUUCUAGGCCGGAGCUGGGGUCCCGUUGGGGAAACCGAUGAAGAGAGCGGCAAUAUGAUGAGCACGCUUGUACGACAACGACGGUGGUGGUGUGUAUGGAAGUUUGUGUCAUUUUGUGAAUGAAAAUCGAUAUCACUGCCAGCGGGCGCAUAGACGAACGGACAAAGCAGACAGACCAGACCGCCAGACGGAACGAACGAACGACGGACAGGGCCUCCGAUUUCUCCGGGGCACAAAAAAGCCUCCCAUUCUGCCAUGGAUGUGCUGGAUGUUGCGGUUGUCCGACAGCCAAUGCCCGAUGCAAAUAGUAAUAAUUGAAGCCUGCUGCGAUGGAUUUCAAGUGACGGCCUAGAUUAGGGGCAAAAUAGAGCAAUAGAAAAGAGAGAAAAAAGUAAAAACAGUAAACAGUGAAAAAAAAGUUUUGCAUCCACCAGACCGCGGAACUCGACGCCUCGCCUGGCCUCGCCGAUGGCGAUGGAAAAUACUGGUUGCUGGGUCGCUUAAAUAUUUUGGUAAAUCGGUGUAAGUUUUUUUUUGUUUUAGUUUUCGUUUUAUCGUUGGCGUUGGUUUUUUCUGCAUCAUCGAUGGCGCAACGAUUUCGUUUUGCGCUUUCCGGAGAUUCAUUGUGGCAUUGCCUGCCCCCGUUCCCGCUAACAACAGUACCCGAAUAACCGGUGGAACGCGCGUAAGCGGAAAAGUACUCUGUGCCAAUACCUCUGUACUGUAACAAGCGCGUUUCCGCUCUGAACUUGUGCGGCACAUUUUCCAUCGGAUCAGCAUUCAAUCAAAGGAAGUGGAAUUGUUAUUGUUGCUGUUGAUGCAUAGCUGGAAUUGGUUUCAUUCGAGAGAGCGAAAAAAAGUGCGUGUUUUUUUUUGGGUGAAAUAAUACGAAGAAGAAGCAGAAGAAGAAGAAACCACACGGAAUGGCACCGGAAACUGGUCGUCGGCUCGCGAUGAUUUUUCGGCAUGAAGAAAAAAUCGAGCCGGAAGCGUACCGUGAAAUCCGGCCACCGGAAAGCAGCGGCCAUCGACAGUCGUCUAGGCCGCCACCACCACCACCGCCACAGCCGCCGCCAUCGUAUGAUCAAGUAUUGAACCGGUCACGACGGGAUGGAACUGGUCACGACGACGGUCACCCUGGCACUGAUGUUGACCUUGGUGGCGCUGAUGUUGCUACUGCCGUACCACGGAGUGGCCGCCGCCCUCACCUCGGAUUUGUCCACCUCCGUCAACGGGCUGAACGUGCUGUACCGGUUCGGAGCGCUGACCAGUCGGCGUCUUCUGCUGGCCCUGCCAUCAACGGUGCUAACGCUCGGGAUCAGCUGGAUGCUGGUGCCACUGCCAGUGGCCCAGGCCGGUUACCACGAAAAGCGUCUGCUGCACAAUUUGCUGGAUAACUACAAUGUACUGGAGCGGCCAGUGGUCAACGAGUCCGACCCGUUGCAGCUUAGCUUCGGUUUAACGCUGAUGCAGAUUAUCGACGUGGACGAGAAGAAUCAACUGCUGAUCACCAACAUUUGGCUGAAAUUGGAAUGGAACGACAUGAACGUCCGGUGGAACUCGACCGAGUACGGAGGUGUGCGGGAUUUGCGGAUACCGCCGCACCGGCUGUGGAAGCCGGAUGUUCUGAUGUACAACAGUGCCGACGAAGGUUUCGACGGAACGUACCCGACGAAUGUGGUGGUCCGGAACAACGGUUCCUGUCUGUACGUGCCGCCCGGUAUCUUCAAAUCGACCUGCAAGAUUGACAUCACCUGGUUCCCGUUCGAUGACCAGCGGUGCGAGAUGAAGUUCGGUUCCUGGACCUACGAUGGCUUUCAGCUGGACUUGCAACUUCAGGACGAGUCCGGCGGCGAUAUCAGCAGUUUCAUAACGAACGGCGAAUGGGAGCUUUUGGGCGUCCCCGGUAAGCGAAACGAAAUCUACUACAACUGCUGCCCCGAGCCGUACAUCGACAUCACGUUUGCGAUCCUGAUCCGGCGGAAGACACUGUACUACUUCUUCAAUCUGAUCGUACCGUGCGUGCUGAUUGCGUCGAUGGCCCUCCUCGGUUUCACACUGCCACCGGACUCCGGCGAGAAGCUGUCGCUCGGAGUCACCAUUCUGCUGUCACUCACUGUCUUCCUUAACAUGGUGGCGGAAACCAUGCCGGCCACUUCGGAUGCUGUGCCUCUGCUAGGAACCUAUUUCAAUUGCAUCAUGUUCAUGGUGGCUUCGUCGGUGGUGUCAACAAUUCUCAUCCUAAACUACCACCACCGGAACGCGGAAACGCACGAAAUGUCGGAUUGGAUUCGUGUGGUGUUUCUAUCCUGGCUGCCGUGCAUUCUCCGGAUGACACGACCGGGAGAACCAUUUCCGCAUCCUUGCCGCCAGUCGGAGGACGAGAAGAACAAACAACUGCAGGAGGUGGAAAUGCGUGAAAGAUCCUCCAAAUCACUACUCGCGAACGUACUGGACAUUGACGACGAUUACCGGUGCAAUCACCGGUGCAGCACACUGCCCCACAAUCCGACCUACUACCGGACAAUGUACCGCCAGGGGGACGACGGGAGUGUCGGCGUGUUGACGGGUGCCGGCGGUGGAACGGACACACUCGGCCGCAGCGGAGGCCUCGGCACGAUCAGUGCCACCGGGGGUGGCCGUUUGCACGAAACCGUCUCCUCGCACACCUGCCUCAGCUCCUCGGCCGAGUACGAGCUGGCACUGAUACUGAAGGAGUUACGGUACAUCACCGAACAGCUCCGCAAGGAGGACGAAAAUGGCGAGGUGACACGGGACUGGAAGUUUGCCGCCAUGGUGGUCGACCGUUUGUGCCUUAUCAUCUUCACCCUGUUCACGCUCAUCGCGACGCUGGCUGUACUCUUUUCGGCGCCUCAUUUUAUCUUCUCAUAACAACCAUCAUCACCAACAACCGCAGCCACAGCAGCACCAGUUACGACAGCAGCAACUUCUUUUCCGACGACGACAACGACGACGAGCCCGACAACAACCAAUCCAGCGUACGCCAGCGGCAAUGACAACGCCGAUAUUGACAUCGUUAAAAUUCUGCACUCCGGCGAUGGUCCUUCUCCGGUGGGUGAUCCGACCUCGUGGAUUCUGCUCGGAGGAACGCUGGCCCUGGUGGUCCUGGUGGUAACCUUGGCUUCCGUUGCCCUUCUGCUGACGGUUCUGGUGCUGCUGGGCAAUGGGACACUCACACAACUGUUUGCGGUGACUGAUUAUACGUUAAGAAAAUAUGUUCAUAUUUUCGUGAAAAGUUUUAAAUUGAUGAACGACGCGUAAAUGCGGAACAACUUCGAAACCGAGAGGGCAACACGAAAUCGAUGCCCAAAAACCGUAUGUAGACACAUCACAGCAGGCCACGUUUUAUAUCGAACAGAAUAGUUUCCUCGGUAACGUCAGUAGUUUUCUCUACAUUUUAAAAUUAUUCCGUUCUCGUAAAUGGUUUCGACAAAAAAAAAGAACGUGCGCCAAAUAGGACAAAAACGUCAUCGACUGGUUAUCUGUUUUUUCGGAUAAGUUGACUUCAAACUAGAAUAAAUGCGACACGAGCACGAAGAACGUAAAAUCAUAGCAAGUUACUUGAUUCAAUCCGGUUUCUAUAUUUACAUCAAAACUAACAUUGAAUGUACAUAACUGAUCGAUUUUAUUAGGACAUCCGCAGGGGGGACUGUGGAGAUUUGACCGCUCAAAUCUCUCUGCCGAACCAUGCAGAACUAGGUUAAUUCUUCCGGUGGAAUGUAAAUAAUUUUAACAGUGCAUUCACCAUUUUCAAACUUCAUAUUUAUAGCUACGUUACGUUUUUUGACACUAGAAAAGUUUCGACCCUCUCCCCUUCCCCCUUACGAGCAGCAGCAGUGGCCGGCCAGCGGCUGCUGGUUGCUCUGCACACUAUUCUAAAAACUCAACAAACGUCCGGAAAUGCUCGAAUCUGCUUCUGGAAAGCAGUGAACAGCGUGGAAGGACAAACAAGAAGAAAAAAAAUAACAAGAGUCGCAUCAAACUUAUUGAAGACAUUAGUUAAUAAUGACUAAACUAAUUAGUGAAGUUUUAUAUCUAAGUGAUCUUUUUAUACGAACAAACAAAAUAUGACAAGUUAAUCAAACUGUUGGACGAGAUUAACGAGGAUGAAAGAACAAAAAAAAUUAUACAUAUAUAUAAAGCUAAUAUGUAGGUUGUUGAAUAUUAUGCCAUAAGAUAAGAAUAUAGUUUAGUUAUGUUACGCUAAAACUUCACGUUGAAUAGGAAGAAACUAAGAACGCUAAAAACCGGACGGACGGUUGCAAAAUCGGUUCCAUGAUUGGCUGCUUGCAAACGAACAUCAAAUCAAAUCUCAAUCAAAACUGAAACACGAUAUUGCUGAAUAAAACGAUGGAACUGAGAUGGGGUUAGCUCGAUUCGAAGAAAAAAUAAUUUUGUAUUUGGCAAGAAAUCUGCAGCUACAAGUCAUGAUUAGUAGAGGGACAAAAAGCAAUUGUUUUAUUUAUUAAUUUAUUGAAUUUAGGUUCCGAUCCUGCAGUCCUUUUCCAAGUUGAGCAUAAUUCAUGUGAUAACACAUUUGCUGGACAUAAAGACCGUAGAGGGUUUAUGUUCUUGUGAGAAUCAGGCAAUUUAGGCUGACGAAACCUAGAAUCUAUCGUGAAAACCGUGAAUCAAAAUUGUGUGAGAUAGCUGACAUUUUCAAGAUAUCAUACGACAUGAACAUCACGGUGGAUCAAAAACGACAAUGACAACCAUAGCGAAAUUGCGUGAAUUGGGCUUUGAAUUACUAUCGCAUCCACCAUAUUUCCUGGAUAUGGCCCCCAGCGACUAUUACCUGUUUGUAGGCCUUCAAAAAGACACCAAGAAAGGAGAUUCUACUCGAACGAUGAAGUCAAUGCUAAAACAAGCGCUUUUUUGAGGCAAAAGAUAAAUCGUUCUAUAAGGAAAGUGAUGAAAAGUGGUUCAAGCACUGAACUGAUUGUGUUGCUCUUGACGGGAGACUUUGGCCCUUAUUACCGUUCUCACUUUUACUUUCACUGUCACUUCACUUGAUUCUAUCUAUUACCAGUAUCUCGCACAUUGAAGUCAGUACUAGUGAAAAAAAAAAUCAUUUGCUCAAUUUGUUUCUGUCUCAUGAGUUUUUUUUAGUUAGUCAUAACUAAUCACCUUUAAUUAUAUUUACAAAUAUUCUUCGAUUGGUACCAGGAAGUUUGGAACUCUCCUAACAACUCGAAUGGUUUUUACCGUAAAAAUACAUCAAAAUAUGUAGAAGCUCCAGAGCUCAAACACCACAUCCCAGUUCCAAUGUUUGAAAGAUAUCCGCCACAGAUGAUCAAAAGCGGAAGGCAACGGGAACGGAAACAGUCUUGAGCCUUCGAAGAAAAACCGGAACCGGACGGCCCGGGGAUUAAUAUUGUUAAAAGCAAAUCAAAAUCAAAAAAAUAAGCACUACUCCAAACUUCGCAAAAAUUCCCCAUAAUCAACACGAAACCAACCGAAAGUACGUUACGGCCGAGCUCCAAAAAAAAAAACCAAAGAAAACAAAGCAAGUCAUGUUGAAAAAAGUUGAAAGCAAACCAGGUUCCUUAGAUAAACCAAACGAAUGAAGUGAAUUGAAACGGUUGAAAAAUAGUCAAACGAUUUAUUCUCCAAAGUGUCCAACGUUUCGACCGUCUUUGAGAAUCUUUGACUAACGGAACUAGACGCACAGUUUUUCAACAUGAUCGAACAUUUUUUCUUGUAUUUUUUUUUAUUUUCUGAUAAUGUCUAAUAAGCCGUUUCUUUCUAUUUGGAAACAGAAUUUAGGAUAACUUGGCGCACGCAGAGUCAGCUAUAAUAGAAGUCCGAAAAGAAAUGUUUUUUUUUCAACUAGUGCUAAAAUAAUACUCAAAUGGGAGGGUACUUACUUUUUGGCAUAACACCAUUUGGCAUGAUGGUUAUUGGGUAUAAAAUUCACUUACACUUUAUUGCUGCGAUGGUCGUUUGGCAUAACGACAUUUAGCUAAAACCAUUUGGUAUCACACUUAAGUCUCUUUUUAUACAAUUUUCACGCGACAUUUUAUGCGAAUUUUCAAAAUUAUCGUUGUUUUAGAAACUAUUAAUUUGAAAAUUAAAACUGGCACAACAAUUGUGUCCUGCUUUUUCGGAUAUUAGAACGAAACUCUAAUUUUUAAUCGUGUCUGAUUCUUUAUAAUAUAUUACAAAUGGGUGAAUUAUUGCUUAAUCAUUGCUCCAAUGAUGACUUUAAACAACAUUUUGAAGAACGAAUGAAUGAUUCUCGGAAAAAUCACAAACUAAAACUACUUCUCUUUCAGUCAAUGAAGAUUUUGUGUCUCUCAAAAAUUGAGAUUGUUUUGAUUUAUAUAGUCAUGAGUUGCAAAUUUUUCUAGUUUUUCUGUUAAAUAUGCUACAAAAUCAUCAGCUGGUUUUGUUGCGAUUUCUAGAUUGCAUCUUUCAGUAGUUAGCCAUUGUUCAAAAGAGAUCGUAUUUAGAAAUCUUCUGCUCAAGUUCCUCUAACAUGCUAUCCUCAAGAAUUUAAGAAGUGGGGCAUUUCUUGCAUUCGCGGAGAUAACAAUCCACCGGGUUCUUACCGGUGAAUUACACAGUAAUUUUCCCAAAGGCGCUUUACAAUCAAUUUGAAAGGAAUAUUUUUCUGAGGCUGUGAAGCUUUAAGGGCUGAGGCCAGUGUGUUUUAGGGUGAUUUGGAGGGCUAUUUUCAUGCUUCAAAUCUGAUUUUCUCAGAAACGGUGACGAAUGCCAAAAAAAACAACUGACAAUCUCUUAGAAAAUUAGUUUAGAUUAUUCUGUGAAAAUUUCAGAAUGAUUCAUUCACUUCAGCGGUCGGGAAAGUCUUUUUUCUGAAGGAAGAAUUGUAUAGCUGAAAACGCCGUCUUUCAACUUGUUCAUUAAAUAUCUCGCCUUCAAAAGCAUGCAUCAACAAUCUAUCCCAACAUUGUCUAGAUAAUUUAAUUUAGAUGCGAUAAGUGCAUAAAAACAUGUGUUUUGUCGCGUUAAAUAUGAAGUGAAUGUUAUUUUUGUGAAGGUAAGUCGAUUUCUAUGGCGGCGCCAUUGUUUUCUGCUCCAGUUCCCUGGUAACGUUACGGAACAUGAGACAGAAAUGAAAUCCGGGUGGCCAAGAAAGUUUUGAUAUUUUCGGUUACAAGUUUGACUACAUCACAUAAAAUCCAAUAAAGCUACCGCUUGUUUGGCAGCCCUUUUGAGCCGAUUUUAUUUCGCCAUAGAAAUCGACUUACCUCAACAAAAAUAACAUUCACUUCACUGAAGAACUGCAGUACUUCACGUUUUACAUCGGAAUCCAAUAGACAGUCACAUUUUUUGUUAGUUCCUUGCUCUUUAACCAAUUCUUUUAUUGGUGAAACCGUGUGUUUAUUCACAUUAAAUUCUUCCGUCGUCAUUAGAACAGACCAUGAGUUGGGUAAAAUUGAGAAUAUCCGUACUUUAUCAUCUCUUGAGCAAUCUGAAUUGUUAAAUUUCGUCUUUAAUUUAUCAAUGAUUUCGUCGAAUGCUGCAGCCUUUGCUUUAACUGUCUGAAAUUCUUCAGAUACAUUUUGUGGUGGAUGGUCGAAUAGCCUUCAACGAUUUUGGAAUACAUUUCUUGACGAUAGUUGUCAAAUCUGAGGUUUCUAACUGCUAUAGGAGAUACAUUAAUUCCAGAAAUAUCUCACUGUGUUGGGAGGAUACUGAGAUGAGUAAAGCUGCUGAUGGUAUUUCUUCUAAAUCACAUCUCGAUACAACAGCAAAGCCUUGGUAUUACAUUCCUGUAGUGGAAUUUGACCAUCUGUUUCAACAGACUUCCCAGCCGAUUCAGAAUGUACAGAACCAUUGCAUGGCUGGUGCUACGAUCCUACUGACACUGCAAAUCCUUCCAGGUCGAGGCUCGAACAUACGACAACUGGUUUGUUAGACCAGUGCCCUAUGCAUAUCUCGAUACAGCUAGCGGUAUUUCUUCUAAAUUAUUUCCCGAUGUUGCUGGUGAAGCUGUCGUAUAAUCUGGCAUCUGGUUGUAGCUGGAAGCUAGUUGCUGUGCACUUUCAACAGUAGGUACUUUUUCAAUAUGACGAUUACUCCCUGGUUGCUCAUGUGAUUUUUAUAAGCCAGCGAUUUUUCUUCGAUUUUAUUUUCAAAAUAUUUCGAAAAUAGCUGCUCGCAUCGUCUUGAAGAAUAAUUUAUUCAAAAUUUUAUGAGGAUUGCAAAAAUAAUAGAUUUGGCGAUGGAGAACCCUGACUAAUUUAAAAAAUAGGCGUAUUCUCGAUAAAUAUCAAUUUUCUCGAUCUAGUUUCUUAUAUAUCUCGAAAAUGACUGCAUUUAGGAAGUAGUUUCCUAUGAGCUUUUCCAUUGAACGUAGCUUGGAGAAAAAUGUUUCAUUUCUCGUGUAUAUUUAUUCCUAUAAAAACAUCGUUUUUCGAAAAUUGUUUAAAUGUUUUUCCUCAGGAAACUUUUUUAUUUAUCCUCUCACCAACUUUCUAACACAAUCAUUCGUUUCCUUGUAAUUCAACGUUGUAUACCGUCACUUAAAGCAGCGAAACAAAACACGUAAAAGUAUUUCUAAACUAGUCUCAAAACAACUUCAAUCGGUAGUCAUUAUCAGUUGACAGCCAAACAAACCGAUUUCGGCUAUGCUAGCUCCUGGCUUCCGAUUCCGGGAAUUCACUUUGGUUUCUUUCAGGGAAUUCAUUUUGGUUUCUUUCAAGAAUCAAAAUUUAAUUCAAUAUGAGAAAGGCAUCAUCACAUCACUAGGUGAAAGGUUAAAGCAGGUUUUUUUUGUCUAGAAAUUCGUACUUCCUGGGCAAUGAAUAUCUAGGGAAAAAGCUUCGUUCUGGAGAAUUUAGACACUCUCAGUCUUCGAGAAAACAUGCACCGCAUUGGACUUGUGUUCAAUUUUACGUGCGCAAUAUCAUUGUAAACUUGUACUCGGACUUGUACUCUAGUUUGCUACAAACCUGAACAUCGUGCACACGAGUUGUACACAAGUGCGUUAGCUUAAGUUUGAACAUAUGUUUAAACUUGGAGUUUGCGCAAGAAGCACUACUCUAGAACGUUCAACGAUUCGUAUGAAAACUUAUUUGAUCUAUUGCUGAUUGAAGGUUUAGGUGUGUAUUGCUUUUCACCUAUGCUCAUUAUAUUUUUAAUUUUGUUUUCUGAAAAUUAUGUAGCAAUACUAAAUGGUUGUUCUAUUACAUCCGAGCGACGGUUUCGAAUUAGCAGGCUAAACCUUUGUAAGCAUUUUGAUAGGUUCUACUAACGAAAUUUGCUACUCGAAAACUAGAAGAAAUUUAUGAUAAUUGAUAAUUGAACCUGACUUAAAUUACCUAUUACUCAUAUUCUCACAUAUAUUAAAUUAUCCAUAACACAUUUUCCGACCAUGAUUGAUUUUCAUGGGAGAAGAUUUAUUGCUCACGAUUUGAAUGCCUUUGAUCAUGAAAUGGGUUGAUACAACAAUCCCGGUUUACUGUAAUUCCGGAUCAGCAACUUUGCAUGCGGCCAAGCCGUCAGGUUAAUUAAAAUAAAUUCAAAACGUCAUUUAGAGCGAAGGUGAAGAAAACGUCAAAACUGUUCCAAUUUACAUGCCAUGUUAGUUACUGACUUCUGCCUUAGUUCCGAAAAUACCGGAAAUAGUGGUCGAAAUGUCCAAAAAAAAAGAACUCACAUCCCGGGCCAGGCGAAGUAGGCGGUCGCCUAGGCACCAAGAACGAAUGUGUGCCCAGAAUCAGAAGUUUGCAAAACAUAUUUUCCCUUUCCUUGAAACGCGUGGAAGGUAGAAGGUUAAAGAGUGAAACCAUAAAGGAUAAUUUAUAUGAUUUAUGACCCUUUGCGGGACGAUCAAUUUGGUAUAGAUUGUGAAUGAUUCACAACAAGAUUUGCCUACAGUAAAAAUGAACUCGAACUUUCUCCAGAUCCGACUGUCGGUUCUGGAAUUGCUGGGUGAUGAGUCUUCCAUAUUUCACACUGUCUUCAAGAGCGACGAUGUAAGUAAGGUAGAAAAAAUCUAGAUUGGGCUCAAAACUGUUCUAAUUUGUAGGACAUUUUAGUAGCUGGCCGUACGAACCAACUUCUACUAUUUCGGUAACUGGAUUCCGGUUUCGAAUCCUAACCCUAAUCUAAGAACUCUUCAAAGCUGAUGUCUAAAUUAUUCUAAUUUUUAGGUCUUGUAUUGGGCUCCCCGAACAAUUUUGUUUUGUCUCAAAAACCAAGGAAAAGUGUUUUGAAGAGCCUCAUAGUAAUACAUGUGAUAAUAUGAGUAAUAUGAAUAAGGCAUCUUAACACCGCGACGCGAACUGAAACAGAGUUUGUUUUAUAGGCUUACGUUGCAUCAUUAUGUGGCUAAUAUGUUAUGAAAUUAUAGUUGAAUUAACUUUGCAAAGAGCGAAGCUCAAAUCGCAGUUUAAAUCACGAUGUUUGCACUUGUACACUGUGCUUGUGUGCAAAUUUGAGUACGGUUUACCGUGUGCAUGCUUAAACAUGGGAGGCGGUGUUCAAGAUCACUUUUUAUUGCCAAACUUUCUCAUUGAACAUUGAACAAAGUAUGAGAAUUUAAACUUGAUAUUACGCUUUCGUUUUGUUGAAGUCCCCGCCCCAGCCCCCACUCUCAAACGGACAUCGUUCGUCCGGAAUUCCAUUUUCAAGAUGAUAAGGAUAGAUGGCGUCUACUAGACCGUUAUCAGAAAAUAAAAACAGAGCGUAAUUUUUGCCAAACGAUCGUACCGUCACCUACUGCCACUUACGAGUAGAUUGUUGCCGUCAAGCUUACUUCCUUUCCUUCCCCCCUUUUCCACGUGAAACAGAAUGCGAAAUCAAAAAACGCCAGAGCAAACAACACAGCAAUGCAACACACGACUUAACUAUAAAUAAUCAUGGUGUUUUUGAGGUAGGCAAAAUGCUGUGAUAAAAAAAUAAAUAUUCGUGUUUCCGCAGGCGAAACCAAAACAAAGAAUGUUAAUUCAAAUACAAGCAAAUCUUAUACCAUAAAACAGGCAGACAAACCAUUAAAACAGCAGUUAAUCUAAUAAAAAAAAAUACAGUAACCCAGUAGUAGGCUAAGCCCCAGGUAACCAUGGUAACUGACCCCGGCGAAGGCGCGUUACCGGAACCUAUAAAAACAAAUCAUAACAAUUAUGUUUUCGGAAUCUAGGAUCCUCGUCGGCCCUUAAAUAAAAAGAAGGUAAAACCCUUGUAAACUCGACUAAAAAAACGAACACUAAAAUCUGUAAAUAAGUUGUUAGUUGAAAAGAAAAACCAGAAAAAGACGAGAAGAAUAGAUCAAAAACGUUAUUUUUUAUAAAUACAUAUACCGGCAACAAGCGAAGUGAAGCAGUGUUCCCGUUAGUAAAAGAAAACAGAUUCUACAACUUUAGCAAAAAUCUAGGCAUGAGCGAAAAUUUGCAGUAGGCGGGGAAAAACGCAGUUGCGUUUGAGUGCGAUUAGUGACACUUCGAACGACAAGACACUAACUCGAACUCAUGUUUAUUUAUUUUAUUCGGUUUUUUCGUACUCAGUAUCAACAAAUAGGGUAAUGUAAAAUAGUUAUAUAAAAAAAACUUUAAAGAUAAGGUGGUUGUUCGUCGGCCGAGCGAAGCUCGAACGGAAAGAUCAACGAAUAGGUCGGAGGAAACUAGGCACUGAAAUAGGCACGGGUUUCGGUUUCAUUCAUCCCGAAUCGAGUUUUUUUUUUCUUCUAUUGUUACCUCCUCAAACAGCGCUUAAUCUAAUCCUGAACCACAUUUUCCCCCAUAACUACUUUUUUUUCGGUUUGCUAGAAGCUGCCAAACGAUUCGUUACUUACACUGUAGGAAAACGGCUGCCGAAAACAACAAAUUUUGUCCUGUUUAUUUCCAUACCCACAGCUCAUCAAAUGCUGUUGUUAGGUUAGAUUAGGUAAACGAAACAAAAGGUAAACAAAUCGACAAGCACUACUUGACAGAACAAGUGGAAACCAGAACACGUUGUUACGUUUGUAGUGAGCGGAAAAUAAAUACAUCAAAGAAAAGAGAGAUAAAAAAAGAACAAUUACACACGAAAUAUCGUCUUCCUACAUGAACAAAAGAACAUUGUUUAAACGACUUUUUCACUCUCAUGCUACCAUACCAGAGCAGUGUAAUUUUUAUAGCGGAAAAAUGCUCUAAUACUCGGCUUUUUUUCGGGAUUGUUUUGAACUAUGUUCUACCAAAUCGCUUGAUUCUCUUUUCACUAUGGUUUUUGGCGAUCAUCACCCCGAAAACUACGCUUUCAAUAGUCAAUUAUUGUAAGGUAUUAUACUUUCCUAAACCAGUUUACUAAACAUUUUUUACGUACAAAGAGUACUGUAUAGUUAAUGCGUAAUUAAAAACAAAUUUAAUUGUAAUUAUAAACAAAAAAACGAGAAAGAGUAAAGCAUGAAUAUCUAAACAACUAAACAAAACAGUAAUCGCUAAAAUAAAAUUAAAAAAAAAACAAACAUGCGAAACGCAUGACGAAACAUCGUAGUGCCAAACACACAUCAUCACACACAGACGCGCGCGACGACGACGGUGAGUCGGUGCUUCGAGCUUCGAGCUUCGAGGGGCCCGUGUGUGAGUCGAAAAUGGUGAUAUUGUUAGAACAUAUUUACGCAAAAAAAAAGAAAAAGCUAGCUCUUAAGGUGCAACAACUAAACUAACUGUGCAUCCGCACCUGGGGACAUCAGGCGACGGUGGGCACUUGGUAGAAUCUUAUAUAGUAUAUAUAUAUAUACAUUAGGCUCUCUAGACUAGAACGAGAAGCCGACAGAUAAAUUCAUAGCCCGCACACCUUCCGAUAUAUGCUACCAAAAAAAAAAGAAAGAGACAGAGAAAGUGAAACCGAAACGAACAAAACAGCCCCCUUUUCUACAAUCCAAUACACCUACUGCAGAUCAAAAACGUAAAGAAAAAAACACUACUCUCUUAACACCUACUUACUAGAAAUGUUGAAACUUUAAACUUCUAUAUAACUUAAAACCAAGCACAUCGAUCAAAGCGUGCUGCUCGGAUCGCACACUCACUGGCUCAUUUACACAGACGAUAACUUGAUUGCUUCCGGCACCACACCAACACACUCACACGCGCCACCCACAGUAGGCUUUGAAAGGCUUUUCCUGGAUUUUUUUUUGUUUCGUUUCAAUUACACUUACCCAACUAAACACGUGCUCGUAAAACCGAGCCGUAUGAGGAAUUGCUUCCGUAUAUAAGGUUUACGUUUGUUUUUUUUUUUUUGUUUCGUUAACUCUAUUGUUACUUGCACCCAAACGCAGUCACAAAGACAAACAUAAAACAGUAUACAUAUUCACGCUCUAAAGCAUACUUACACGAAACAAAAAAAAACUUUCUAAAAUGCAACUGAAAACGUUUUAGACAAUAUCAAUUGAAGUCAGGCUUCGCACCUUUUUUCCUACUAAUACAAUAUGCAGAAAUGCAACAAAUGCAGUUUAGGCAAAUUCAGUCGUUGAGAAUAGAAGAAAUAAAAAACAAAAAAAAACAAAUGCAACUUGUUUACUCCACCUAGGUGAAAAAAAAUGUUAUAGGUAUUUACUAAUUAUAGAGCUCGUUUUAUACAAAAAUAAAAUAAUGAAAAAAUCUACUAAGGAUAACUUUUAAACACAAGUAAACUUUCGAUAAAUAUGGAACGGUGUUCGUUCGGAGACAGGCAAACUAAUACGACGACGACGACGAUUGUGUGCGUGAAAUGUGAUUGAUUGAUUGAUCGUCCAAAAUCAACCGACGACAGUAGGCGCUGGCUGAUUGGCAAAGAGCGAAGAAGAUGAAGAAAAAGAGAAAGAAGAAGGCAUAAAAACAACUCCCCGACGGAACGCGUCGUUGCCACUAGCAACUGUCUAGGGAAGAUCUUUUAAAAUAAACAACAUGCCGCCAACACAAAUGCACUUGCACACUCGCACAUUCAUUCCCACAUUCGCCUACACACGCAUGCACACAUCCACACAUACACACACAAAAAAACACACAAACACGAACAACCAAUGUCAUACUUUCGAAGCUGGUUCGCUCGCAAAACACGUCACACUUUCUGUCUCCACGCAAACACAGAGAGACACUCCCUCACCCCUUUUAAACGGACACGAAAACAUGGCCAGUUAACCUAAAUAAAUUGUAGCACAAGUAAGUAAUCAAUUUAAUAAAUUUAACUAUUAAAGCUAAAGUAAAAGAAUCACUAAUGAAACGAAAAAAAAAAUAUUUAAAAUAAACACUAAAGAAAC